UUACAUUUUAGAUGAGUAAGAUGUUCGUCUGAUCGCUUAUUUAUUUUAAUUUCGUAAUGAUAUGCGUGAUAAUUUUUUUUUAUAAUUGUGAUAAUUUUUUUUAUUAUAAUAAUGAAUAUAAUGAAUAUAAUAUGAAAAGAUGGAAAUUUUCUCACUCUCUCACAUUUCUCACACAUUAUUCACUUUUUUCUCUCCUUUUUUUUCCCAUUCAUCUUUUCUUCCAUUCUUCUAAUUCUUUAUCUCAUUUUUUUUUUUUCAUCUCAAUUAAUUAUUUUAUCUCAUUCUUCAUCUCAUUCUUUCGUCUUCAAUCUUUUUUAUCAUCUUUUAAUUCUUUUUAAUCUCAAUCAUUUUUUUUUUUUUUUCUCAUAAAGUCAAUUUUUUUUUGAAAAAAAUUGUGGCAAG